AUAAUAAGUUUAUCAGAAUCCUACUUCGUUGGCUCAUCAGAGCUCGAAUUUAUAAGUAGAAAUGGAACUAGCGCAACAUAAUGUUUGCGUUACUGUUAUGCCUAGAAAAGGGAGGAGUCCCGAAUCCCGAUAGAUAGGCUGCGGCUGAAGAACAUUUUGUACAGGCGCCAGAUGGACACCCAAUAUGGGCCUUGAUGGUUGCCCUGGAAACGAGCCUAACACAUUUUAGCUUUUCAAGCCAUCACAAUGGCAACCCCGAAGGAAAAGGAGCAACGCGAUGAAGUGUCCUUAAAUGCGAUACAUCGGGAGACGAUAAAGAAGGAGAAUCGCUGCCAGAAACUGGUCACUGAGUUUGGAAUCAAUCCCUAUCGGAAGGUUCACGCUAUCGCCAGAAAGCCCAUGUCAUGGGACGAUAAUGAGAAUGAAACUGCAGAUGAUCAUUUUCUGAAAAUCAUUCAUCAUGGUGCUCUGGAACCAACUAAAAAGUACACAGAGCCACAAACCACAAGUCAGGAAAUUGGGUGGAUCACAACACCACUGAUAACCAGUGAUCGGACAGAUAGACGCUUGCAUUUCUUUCGGGAGAAAACAGAAAUCACAAAGUACAUGGAGACAGCAUGGCGUCUUAAAGAACAGAGCGAAAAUAUUCAGUAGAGGAAGGAGUUCAGACACAGAGAGGCUGAAGAUGAGUUUCCCUACAAGUAAUAUUGUGCAGUCCAGCUGUUGCAUUGACUAGGAUGUGCUGCUCUGUAAUUCAGACUAUGUGAUUGACUGCAAUAAAGUACAUUAACAGUG